AUGAAUCCUUUACAUACACCAGAACUAAGUUCCACCUCACAGUUUGGAGACAGCACUUCAUCUUCAUCAUCCUCGAAGGGAAGAAAGUGGACACAAAAGUUUAACGUCUUUCAAUCUUCUAGUGAAAAAAAGAAAAAAAGUUCAUCUAGUUCACCAUUAUCACAUAACUUGACAAGAUCUAUCAGUACAGAAUUUAGUUUUCAAAGAUCAAAAACAGAUUCAAGUGGUAUUUCUACCCAAAUAAUCUCAUCUCCUAUAGGGGUCCGUCCUUUGACAAACAAUUUUAAUAAUAGCAUUAGUAAUAAUAAUUCUAGUUAUAACCUCUCUCCUACUUCCACAACUAAUUCAAGAAUUUCUUCUCCUAAUCUACUACCCUUAAGAACUUCACCGGUCCAUUCAGAGGGACACAGAAUUUCAUCUCAAGUUAAUCCUACUCCUGGUCGCAAUAAUAGCAUUGCAAAUAAGCCAAUCGUCACCAAAAAAUUGAUAACAGAUCAUCCUCAGUUUAUUACAAGGAGUGAUUCUAUGUUACUUCUAAGGAACAAUUCAUAUUCACCUACACAAGGUAGGUUUGGAUCUACCAAAAAAUCAUUUACCAAUGAAGUUUGCACACUUUGUGAAGAACCUGUCACAAGUAGGGCUAGAGGUGAAAAAAUAAUUGAACUGGAAUGUGGACAUUUAAUACAUAAUGAAUGCUUAUCUUCUAUUUGUGAGGAUUCAGUAAAUACAGAUACAUCUGAUAUUUAUUCUAUUUUUCCAGAUUGCACUAAAUGCAAAUAUGAAAGAAACGUUGAGAUGAAAUGCAUUCCCAAAGAUAAUGAUACAAAGGAUUCACUAAUAUCUAACUUUUUAAUUAAACAAAACUCAUUUUCCAGAAAUGCAUCUCCUCUAGCAUCACUGAAUUAUUCACCAAAUAUCAAUACUAUCACACAUUCUCCAUUUGCAUCUCGUUCUCAAAACAUAACCCCAAAAUCUCCACCUCUUGCUCCUAAUAACCGAAUAAUGGCUCAAACUAUAACUAGGUCGCGAAGUCCUACGUAUCUCCAUGCACCUCGUCUUCAAUCAUCUAUUCCAUUUAACAUCUCAAAUAAUAGCCAUCUUUCUAGAUCAUCUAGUAAAGGCCAAAGAAUUCCAAAUUCUAGGGAAUUUACUCCAGUAAGUGGUAGAAGAGGGAGUAAUUAUUCGUUAGCUAAAUCUGUAUUAUCAUCUACUAGUAUACCACCAAGAUCCCUAAGAAGGGAAAAAAGCCGAUCUAUUGAUACUAAACACUCCAAAAUUAAAAUACCAUUAGCUCUUCUGAGAUCUUAUUACAUUCAAUUCUUAUCAAAUAAUUUUUCCGCUAUAAUAUCUGAUUGGGAAAUAGAUCAAAAAUUUGGAUUACUUCGACUAGUUGAUAAAUUACAGAUUUCCAUUGAUGAUCAGAUAUAUGUGAUUGGUUUAUGCUUUCUUUUUGAAAAAACAUUAAUUACAACAGAAUUAAUUAACGACCAAGAUGAUCCUUCAACAAUAACUGAAGAUUCCAUUAUCAAUUAUCAAUUGAAAAAUAUCAAAAUAUAUCAUCUUGUAGAAGAUAAUAAAAUCGAAACAAUUAAAUCUUCAGGUUUAAAAUGCACUAUUAAUUCACAAAAAAUUUAUUUAAACGAAUCUUCUAAAACAGACUCCAGCGAAGUAAUUCAAAAAUGGAUUUCAGCUCUAUUAGAUCAUAAUAUCUGUUUUACUGAAGAAAGUUUUAGUUCUACAUUACCAGUACCAUCCGUGAUACAAAAUUUUGACGAAUGUAACCCAGAUUCAAAUACUAUUUCUGGUAUAUUGAAUCCUAAUAAAGUUAUACAAGUUCAAAAUAUGGACGAUAAGCAUAAUAGCGUUUUAAUUAGGAGAGGAUUUAAUUUAGAAGGAAAUUCUAAUACAAUUCAAAUGACAGAUAUCGGCACACUACAAUCAAUUGUUACAAAUGUUAGUUUAAUGGUAUCAUUAAAGAGAGAUUGCCCAGAAAAGAUGGUUCUAGUUUUGCAAUUAAAAGACAAUACUAUUCCACAAGAAACUUCAAGACUUAUAUUCAAUACUAUAUUUGCAGUUCGAUCAAGGCUUUCAAAAAUGCAAAUUACUAUAGUAAAUGAAGAUGCAAUGGUCAUCUAUUUCGGGGAGUUUUUAGAUAAGUUGGAUGAAUUCAAUAAGCUUUUAGUAAAGGACUCUUCUAAUAAUAUAAAAUUCUCACCAAGCUGGCUGAAGAAGCAGUUAAAUUUGAGCGCUGGUAGUACAGAUAAUACUGCAAUUGCUAUAGUUUCUGAAGCUGCAAUGAAAAAGGGGAGUUCAUGCCUAUUAAUGGAUUAUUCGCCAUUUGCAGCAAAAGGAAAACGAAUAGCAAAUGAGGUUAAAAUAAAGGUUGGUUACUUAAAUGUAGACUACACAGAUCAGAUUACAGAAUUGGUAGAAGUAGGUGGUUGGAAAUUUGUACUUGAAAUGUUAUGCUAUAGUUUUAGUUUAAACUUUGAAGAUGACGAUGAUGAAAGUUAUUCAGAAGUAGACAGUGACAUAGAUUCCAAAGUCUCAAUAGUCCGUACUCUACCUGAAACAAAUAUUGGUGAUGAGAAUGAUUCAAAAUCACCAACCGAAACCAUUUCUACAGCUACUAUCAUUGAUGUAGAAUCUCCUGAUACAGAGUCUGAUAACGUUCCACAAAUAGCAACCUCCCCUCGUAGUGUUACAAGCAGUAAAAAUAUAGGAGAAAUAAUUCUGGAUAUUGAUGGAUUUGAUUCCCCGAUAAUACCUAAGAACCAAAUUUCCACUCCCGUUGGGCUGGGACAUCUUUUGAAAGAUAUUGAAAAAGUUAUAGAUUCAAUGCAGGAUCAAGGCUCUUCCAAUUCAAUUGAAGAACACAAUUAUCUUCCUGUUAUGAAAUAUGAAUAUAUGUAG